AUGAAGCUCAAGCACCACGAGUCGAAGCUGCUGCGGAAGGUCGAUUUUCUCCAGUGGAAGUCGGACAACACGCUGCGCGAGGCCCAGGUGCUGCGGCGGUACCACGUCACGAAGCGCGAGGACUACGUGAAGUACUCGCGUUUGGUCGGGCAGGUGACGUCCAUGGUCGCCAAGCUCAAGGCCCUCAAGCCCGACGACGCGCAGCGCGAGGAGCUCAGCGAGCUCCUGCUCCGCAAGCUCUUCGCCAUGGGCCUCGUCGACUCGGACGCGGGCCUCGCGAAGGCCGAGAAGGUCUCCGUCUCGGCGUUCUGCCGCCGCCGGCUGCCAGUCAUCCUCGUCCGCCUCAAGAUGGCCCAGUCCGUCAAGGAGGCCGUUUCCUUCGUCGAGCGCGGCGACGUCCGCGUCGGGCCCACGGUCAUCACAGACUCCGCGUUCCUCGUCACGCGGUCCAUGGAGGACUUCGUCACCUGGGCCGGCGACGCGUCCCAGCGACGACACAUCGCCAAGUACAACAACAAGCUGGACGACUUUGACCUUCUGCAGUUGUAA